UGCAGCUGUUCUCUAACGGAGGACUCCUCUAAUAGCUGUUUAGUUCGGACCGAAUGACGAUUUGCAUUUGCACCUUUCCGUCCCCUGAACGAUAACGGCAUUUUACCUGCAGUAAUAUGGUCUAAAAUGAACCGCAAUCAGCACAAGGUGCUUAGUGUACUAAACAAUAAACGCUCCCGUGGGAGAAACAGAGCGAUCCGCGCCAAGACACCCUUGACCUCCACACUAAUAGGGAUGCCAAAGGAAAAAUAUGAUCCUCCAGAUCCUCGCAGAAUUUAUACCAUCAUGUCAGCAGAGGAGGUAGCCAAUGGGAAAAAGUCUCACUGGGCAGAAUUAGAAAUCUCGGGUAGAGUGCGGAGCUUAAGUACAUCACUUUGGUCUUUGACACACUUAACAGCGCUGCACCUAAAUGACAAUUACCUUAGUCGCAUCCCGCCUGAUAUUGCCAAGCUUCAUAAUCUGGUUUACCUGGAUCUGUCAUCCAAUAAACUCAGAAGUUUACCAGCAGAACUAGGAAACAUGGUGUCUCUCAGGGAAUUGCUUUUAAAUCACAAUAUGUUACGGGUUUUGCCUUAUGAACUUGGUCGGCUCUUCCAGCUACAAACUCUAGGUUUGAAAGGCAAUCCUUUGUCACAGGAUAUUCUCAACUUGUACCAGGACCCAGAUGGAACCCGAAAGCUACUGAAUUUCAUGCUUGACAAUCUUGCAGUUCAUCCAGAGCAGCUUCCUCCGAGGCCAUGGAUUACAUUAAAAGAACGAGACCAAAUUCUGCCAUCAGCAUCAUUCACGGUUAUGUGUUACAAUGUGUUAUGCGAUAAAUAUGCUACCCGGCAGCUAUAUGGCUAUUGCCCAUCCUGGGCACUAAACUGGGAAUACAGGAAAAAGGGAAUUAUGGAAGAAAUUGUUAACUGUGAUGCAGAUAUCAUUAGUCUUCAGGAAGUGGAAACAGAGCAAUACUUCACUCUCUUUCUGCCAGCAUUGAAGGAGCGUGGAUAUGAUGGAUUUUUUUCUCCAAAAUCACGUGCCAAAAUCAUGUCUGAGCAGGAGAGAAAGCAUGUGGAUGGUUGUGCAAUAUUCUUCAAAACAGAAAAAUUUACAUUGGUGCAGAAGCAUACAGUAGAAUUUAACCAGGUGGCAAUGGCUAAUUCAGAUGGAUCUGAAGCUAUGCUGAACAGAGUCAUGACAAAAGAUAACAUUGGUGUUGCUGUGGUAUUAGAGGUCCACAAAGAACUAUUUGGAGCAGGUAUGAAGCCUAUUCAUGCUGCAGAAAAACAGCUGCUUAUAGUGGCAAAUGCCCACAUGCAUUGGGACCCAGAGUAUUCCGAUGUGAAACUUAUCCAGACCAUGAUGUUUGUCUCGGAGGUGAAAAACAUUCUGGAAAAAGCUUCAAGUAGGCCUGGCAGCCCAACUGCAGAUCCUAAUUCCAUCCCGCUGGUGCUAUGUGCAGAUCUUAACUCAUUGCCAGAUUCAGGUGUUGUGGAAUAUUUAAGCAAUGGAGGAGUAGCUGACAACCAUAAAGACUUCAAGGAACUAAGGUACAAUGAGUGUCUUAUGAACUUCAGCUGCAAUGGAAAGAAUGGAAGCUCAGAAGGGAGAAUCACACACGGCUUCCAACUUAAGAGCGCCUAUGAAAAUAACUUGAUGCCUUACACCAAUUACACCUUUGAUUUCAAAGGUGUGAUUGACUACAUUUUCUAUUCCAAGACUCAUAUGAACGUGCUUGGUGUCCUGGGGCCUUUAGAUCCUCAAUGGCUGGUUGAGAACAACAUCACUGGGUGUCCACACCCUCACAUCCCUUCAGACCACUUCUCACUGUUAACACAACUUGAACUCCACCCUCCAGUCCUGCCUCUUGUCAAUGGUGUUCACUUGCCUAAUCGGAGGUAGUGGAGUAUUGCCCCGCAAAGAUGGGGACCCGUUGCUAUGGACCUGUACAGUUGUAAAUCAAAGUAUGUAGGAGUGAAGUAUGGCCAUCCUUAAGCUGCUUCUUCAGGUUCCUUUCAUUAUGUGUUUGCUAUAAGACUUUGUGCAUUUUUGUGCAUACUGAUAUCAUUUGGCACUAGGGCUGGAACCAGAAUAGUACUUUCCAAAAUUUUAAUUUAACAUUUUUAAAUUUGGACAUUCUUCUUAAUUAUAUUGUCAGUAUUCAUAAUUGAUAAAUCACCAAUUCGAAGCCCAAGAACAUUGUAUUUGCUUUCUUGAAACACAUUUUUGUGAAUGAUUUCAAAUGAGCCAAUCAUUGUAUAAAAAGAAAUUUUUAAAAACUAUACAAGAUUUUAAAUUGAAUGAUGGCAUGCAUUACAAGGAAAAAUUUCUUGAAUUUCUGCUUUUCUUCAUGAUAAACUAACUUUUGGCUCCCUAAAUCAUUUGCACAUUAACAAAGCACUUAAAUUUUCUUUAUUUGUAUAUAAACUACAAUAUAGCCUCUAUCUAUAAGGAAGUUUGAGAAAUUAAAAGAUGAUUAUACAAUUGCCUUCAAAAUCAAGCAUUCAGUAGCACUGACAGUUCGUUGGAGAUUCACCAGUUGCUUUGAGGAAUCACUUUUUUAUUCCUGUUUAGUUACAACUUUUUGAGAAGUAUUAAUUGUAAGCCUCUCUCUUCAGUUCAGUUGUAGGGAAAUAGCAAGUAAUUUAGAAUUUGGUAUAUUGAAAAUGCAUACAAAAUUUGUAUCUGAUGUUUUUCAUAUUUUCCUACCCUUUUCUGUCUGAUUGUACUAAAAAAAGAGAUACUACAUGAUCUGUUACCAUUUUUUGCCAUUACAGUUAAAUGUUUAUCAAACUGCUGAAAAGAAGCCCUGAUCAAAAUUUCAGAAGGGGAAAGCCAUACAAAUAUUUCAUGUGUUUCCCCAAGUAAGUUUAACUAUCUGUUGGUUUGGGAUUUUUCAGGUAACAAUGCAGAUGAUUGGAGGGAGUGAAAGCAUAGAUUUGGGGGCAGUAGUUGAAAACUUCGGAUCAUUUUUCCUAACUCUAGCUGCCAAAUGGCCAUCAUAUGCUUUUAAUCUUUGUUUCUAUUGUCUGUCAGGGUUGAAUUAAGAAGCUACUGGUUUAUUCUCAACUGUUGAUGCCUUUAGACAUGUUGGCAUUUUUUUUUCUUUUCUUUUCUUUUUCUUUUCUUUUUCUUCCCAGGAGGGGCCAUUUUAAAAUCAAUGGCUCAAAAGACAGUGAAUAUAACACUGCUUUCUGGGGGAAAAAAAUAAUUGCCACGUGAUGUUAAUUAUGGCACAGUAACAGGAAAAGGUUGUGUCUGUGUUUUUAAGUUUUUCUUUAUUCUGCUUUUUUGCUGCUAUAAGAACUUUCUGAAAUUUAUAUUUUAAACUUUUCAUGCACUUUACUGUUUCUAGUCUCAAAGUGUGAUAUUUUUAAUAAACAAAUUUUCCAUUAUGUGAAUGAAAUUUUAAAAGAAAUAACCUAUAUUUGUGUCUUGCUAAUAUAUAAAGUAUAAGUCAAAUUUAAAUUAUUUAAUUAGUUUUAAAUAUAUACAUUUGUCUCCUCUUUCAAACCUGACAUGUUAGGUUGUUUUAUUAGUCUUAAAUGAUGCAUUUCCUUUGGUCAUUUCUUGCAUAAAUCAAUCAGGCUAUAUACGAUAAUAUUUCCCUAAAGGGUAAUUUUAGUGGGAUGAGGGUGGUGGGAUGAUGUGAUAAAUAACAUGUAUGAGAUUGUAUCAGUAGGGUUCUGUACAGCCUAAACCUAAUCCCCCUUUUAAAAGUGCCUAGUGAUAGAGGCGUUGUUUGUCAUCUAUUAUAAUUGGAAUGUCAUUGUAGUUCAGUGAAGUUUCAUGUAAAUAAAAUAUUCUUUUAAAUAUUUUAAAGUAUCAGAAUAAACAAAAACAACCCUUAUGACAACAGAUUUUCCUCCAUGUGCAGGUACCCCUUCUUAUAUACCUCAAACAUCCAACAUCUAGCCAUGCAAAUUGAAGCAUAGUACUGGAAAGUAGAAUAGCAUGAAAAACUUAAUUUUGUGGACAUUACCUUUUUUUUGUAAUCAGCUACUGUAUGUUUUAUUUUGGGUCUUUUAUUUUGGGUGGGUUUUCUGCUGGGAGGUAUAUGCACUAACAAAACAUUUUCCUCCUUUCAUAUGCGCAUGUUAAUUAGCAAUGUGAGCAAUAUUUCCUACCAUACUUCACUCCCAAUAUUUUUGAGAUAUUUGUAUAAAAUGGAAUUUAAAGUUCACUUAUGAUUGUAUAUGAACCACAGAGGAGCCCAUUUAUUAAUAAAAAACUUUUUUAAUAGUUAAAUGUAGAGGGAAAAAUAAAAAAAAAAUUGGGAAACAUUGUAAACAGCUUAAGUUUAUUUUGUGUAUGAUUGAGGCACUCUGUUGCAGGAAGGUGUGUAAUUGGGUUCUCUCUGCUUCCAAAUGCACUCUUUCAAACCAGUCAUUAUCCUGUGUACUUUCAAUGUGGAUUAAGUAAAUGUUGGUAGUAACUUUGUUGAAGUAGGUAAUUGUGUUAUGUUUUGGGUGGCGCACACACUUGGGGCAUGGUAACCCAAAUUUCAUGUGCACGGUUUCCCUUGAGCCCACUGCCCAAAUUUCACAACACCCUUCACCCUCUGUUCCCUUUGUAAAAGGAGUGGUAUCUGUUUUGAGCUGCCAGUUCAGAUGAUCAGAAGAGCUGCUGUCCUCAGCAUUGUCUUGUUAAAAUGCGUGCCAUUUGGAACUUUGGCAGUAAGAAGCCAAAAGGAAGAGGUGACUGACAUACAGUAUAUAUUCAACAAAAAUAAAAUAUAUAUGCUCAUAAACUUUCUAGUUCUCAGAAUAAGUUAAGCUUUAAUGUCAUUGAACUGCUGCAUAUUUUAUGUGAACAUAAAAGACAAUGGGGCAUUUUAAGAUUGUGAUAUGUUCUCUUAAAAACCGUUAAACAUGGUUUCUGAUAUUUAAGAACUGGAGUGUUCUUUAAAUUUAUUAAAAGCAGUGUUUGAAGAAGGGAAAACGGCACUGUUUGCCAUUAUCAGUCAUAAAAGUGCAUGUCAAAUCACUCUCUCAGGCAUCAGUAUCUGCCUCAUAGCUUUACAUAUUUUGAUGGGGAACAUUGCAGCAUCCUCAGGACUGACGUCUGAAAAAGGCUCAAAUCCACGUACUGCUCCUUGCUUGUUGACUUUGUUUUAAAAUAUUGUGCCUGGUGUCAACUUUUAAGCAACAGCACUGCCUAAAAGCAAGCAGAGAACAGAAUCCCAGCACCAUUCUAUAGGCAACUUUUUAGAAUUCAGAUAUAGUAAAUCUGUUCAAGAUUUAUGAUGUUGUAUGUAAAAAAUUUUUGUAAACAUAGCUGAAUAUUUUUGUUUCAUUUAAUGUAAGGUGUGUGAACGUUCAUUUGAAUAUCACAUGUUAAAGUCAGGUAUGGCACAAUGGGUUCUGAGACCAGCUUUUUCCCCCCUCCCAUUUGCCUUUUCUAAGCUCUUUUCUUUUCAAGUUACUUUUCUGAUAUUCAUAGACAGAUAUUUAAUUUUAUUGUUAAGCAUCUUGUGUGAAUGUAUUUAAAAAGCCACUGUGUUUUAGUUUGCAGAAAAUAUAAAAAGCUCUGUUUCUUAUUUGCUCCUUUUUUUUGAUGUCUUAAAAGUUAUGUAUUGAAUCACAGAGAUGAAAAGGAGAAAGUUGAACAAUAUCUAAGACUCAUAUCACUUGAUUCUAUGACAGAUUAAAUUAGAAUGGAGGGUGUAGUAUUAAAACUGGAACUUGGACAAACAUAUUCUAUUUAAAAACUCUGCCUCCUAAGUAAGUUUUGUUAAAUGGGUGAAAACUUGUAUAUCUAAAAGUCACUAAUACCAUCUAUACUUCCAGUAUAAAACAAGAAGUAGAAAGCACAAGAAGAAAUAGGUUAGAUAAGUUUUUUGAAGGAACCACAGGUAUAGUAUAUGCUUUGUCAUUCCUGAUAUAAUUUUCUAAUGUUAGAAAUGAACUCUGUCCCAAUACUUAAUUUGAUUUUAAGAUUUAUAUUCUAAGUUUGAUGUAGUUCAAUAGCUUUGCAAAGUAUGCUGACUGAUCAGUAGCUACAGUCAUAGAAAAACAUCAAUUUUUGCUACAGUAAUGGUUUUAUAGCAAACAAAGGCUUUAUUGCAUGUUUCAAAAUGACAGUCACGCAUCUGUUUUGACAGAAAUGUGAAUUUUCACAUUUGUAAGGCUCUUUUCCCUUACCUGCCCUCUCCUCUUCAAAAUACCAACUUUCUUAUGUGUUGAGAUUCACUUGCCUCUUUUCCUUUUGAAUUAUAUGAUAUUUGUAUGACACUGUCAGAUAGCAAAUUAACUUGAAAAGUUAGAAUUAUUUUUCUAAGCAAGGAACUUUAAUUGAAUGUGUAGACAGGUGGGAACUUUUAUUGUUGUUUUGGGCAAUUACAGUUUUAUAAUGCCAUCAAGAUCACCAAUUCAAAUUAAAAAAAAAUUAUUGUAUCUUUAACCUGGCUCACUUACCAAAGUUGUAAUCUGUUUAAGAGUAAAAUGCAUAGGGCACCUUUCAUUAUUGCCACCUAAAAGCUAAGGGUGAAAAGAAAGAAAGCCCUUACAUCUUCCACUGCAGGAUAUUCUGAACAAGAGCCACAGAAAGAAGAAAGCAAAGCAAAACAAAAACCACAAUAAUUUUCAAGAAGGAGGUAAGGGAGAGCAUGCAUAUUUCUUACUAUAAUCAAACACUUUCUUUAUGCAAAUUUCUCUUUUAAAUCACAAGUCCUGAAGGAAGAAAUAAGGAAAUAACGAAUAUAUUUUGAUAUGUUUGGUUAGAUUUGAAUUACUCUUUUUUUAACCCCGCUACCCCAUUUGAAUUAUUCUUAAACCAAAGGAAAAUAAGAAUGUUACAAUUUUCAUUCAUCAAUAUGACAUUGAAGUUAGGGAAUAUUUUAAGUAAAAGAGUUUUUACUUUCAAAGCAAAUGAAUUAAGAACAUGUCUAGUAAAUGUUAAUUUUUUAUGGCACAUCAUUCCAAGUGAGUAGUGUUGGACUGAAAUUAGAAUUUUCAUCAGAAGUAAAAUUACAUUAGAUUAAGGGUGUGCAAAUGCAAGUGAUAUGACUCUUUUGGCACGGUAGCAUGGUAUAUUUGGCUUUUAGAGUCUUUUAGAAGGCAUAAUUUGGCUCCUUUUACUAUUUUGUUAAAACAAUCUCAUAAUUUUUAUUUCUAUGUCUGUUACUUUUAACUCUAAAGCAAUCAUGAUGGUCUUUUCAGAAAUGGUCCAUUCUUACUCAUUUCAGUUUUGUGUUAAUUUUAAGUUACUGAUGUUUUCUUUAAAGUUACCAGUUAUAUGUAUGUAGAAAAUUUGUUUAAUUUGCCUGUAGUUAUCUGAACUCACAAAAUUGGCUCAGCAUUGAUGUGUGAAACAGUGGCUUUGCUUCUUACUUGAUGGGUGUGGUAACCUACUACUUGUUUCAAUCCUGAUGCCGUGAGUGAUGCAGUAUCUGGAUUUGUAUUUGUUCAGAAACUGUACUGUCCUUUCUCUGUGCUUGACUUGCUAAAAAAUAUAUUCCCUUACCUGUGAAAUUUCUGAGCGGUGCUCUGCCAACUUUUGGGGUGGGGUGGUUUGGAUGACUGUGUUACAGCACACUGGAUCUGGAAUUGUUCAGUGUUGUGAGUGGCAAAUUUCUUAAAACACCAGCAGCACUGAGAAGUGCACUAUGGGCAUUGGUACAGUUGUUCAAAUGCAAACAAUUCUUUCAUCUAAGAGAAGCUGAGUUACAGGGUUCAACAGGGGUAUUUGCAGUAUUUCAAGAAGGAUGAAUAUUUCAACUUUUUUGCCUCUGAAGUGGGACAGUAAAUAGGGGUUUCCCCCACCCCCAACUUAAGAGAAUGUACUUAACGUUUUCUCUUUGAAAGGGCCCAGAUGUUUGGUCAAAUUCACUAUGGAUUAAUUUAUAUCUUCUAUUGUGAUUUCUUUCAACCAAAUAAUAAGUGCCAACUAAUUUUCCAUGUGGCUGUCUUCUUUUCUGCUCAGUUUACCAUUUGAGUAGGGAGGAGUCCAUUCAUUUUCAUUACCUGACAUUAAGUUAACUAAUUCAUUGUUUUACAUACAUUUUAUUCAUUUUAUGGCCUAAAAAAUGCUUUUGUAACUAAUUCCAAUGGUCAGAAAGCAAAGCACAUGAUUUGCUCAAAUUUUAAAAUUGAGCAAGGUGUUCAGUAAUUUUUUACUGAACACUUUUUGACAGUCUCUGUUAAUACUAUUUCAAAAUAAAUUGUUUUGAGUUUACUUUGAUUUUGUCUGAAGAAAAAGCCAAACAUUAAAUCAAUUUGUUGCUGUGUUCCAAUAAUUGGUUUAAAAUCUAAGGUUUUCUUUUUUAAGUCAAAUGAUUUUUAAAAAGUGCCAUGUAAUUGUAGCUUGCUAGUGUUUAAUAGACUGAUUCUGUAGUGUUCUAAACAUUUUACAUUGUCAUCCCUGGGUGGAGAAAGUGAUUCUAUUCUUAUUGAACACAUUCUUCCUGACAAAAUCACCAGCUGCUUUAUUUUUCUAUUUAUUAAACAAUUGAUGAGUCAAUCUUGACCAAACUGCUUAGCUGAGAUAUUUUUCACAAUAGACACUAUACAAAAUGUGUGUGUGAAAGGACACAGUUAGGUGAUAGUGUCUUUUCAUUAAUGUGAACAUUGACUAAACAAAGCAGUCCUGCCUUUUAUAUCUUGUGGCAGCUCAGAAGGGAGGUGCUUAAGAACCUUAACUACUGUCAGAUGAUAAACUUUUUCCAUUUUGAAGAUUGGGUACUGCUCACACAUGAUGUAUAGGGCUAAAUAUAUGCUUGUUUCCUUGCACCUGUGUAUUUCUCCUUUUCUCUUUCCCUUUCCUUCCCUGUAGGCAAUAAAUGGCCAUUUUGCAACUGCGUA